UACUUAGGCAAAAAUAAUUAUCGAUCAUGACAAGGUUCUGGCACGGCUUGGCUGCCGUGGCGGCUCUUCUCUUCGUCGCCGCCGCCGCGCCGGCCGGCGCGGCGUCGGACAUGCAGCAGUUUCUGGCGGUGCAGAACGCGGCGCGGGCGGCGCUGCGGCUGCCGCCGUUGAUAUGGGACGCGAAGAUCGCCCGGUACGCGGCGUGGUACGCCAACCAGCGGCGGCGCGACUGCGAGCUGGAGCACUCCAACGGGCCGUACGGAGAGAACAUUUUCUGGGGGAGCGGCGACGGCUGGACGGCGGCGCAGGCGUCGGCGACGUGGGUGUCGGAGCGGCGGGACUACAACUACUACGCCAACUCGUGCUCCUACGGCCAGGAGUGCGGCCACUACACGCAGAUCGUGUGGCGGGGGACGCGGAGGAUCGGCUGCGCCAGGGCGGUCUGCGGCGGCGGCCGCGGCGUUUUUAUGGUCUGCGACUAUUAUCCGCCGGGGAAUUACGUCGGCGAGAAGCCGUACUGAGAGUGAGUCCCGGGACCUCGGGACCUGAUGUAUGAAUUGGUGGGUGCUCGGGUCCCUGGAGUUCUCAAGAAUUUCCCGGUGUUUGUGUUUUAAGGAUUUUUGAGUGAUGAGAUUACUGACUACUCGUUUUUAAUUAUUUUUGGAUAAAUAAAUUAAUGGGAAAAUAAAAGUUGUGCAAAAGUUUUGUUUGAUUAAUGUUUCGGAAUGGAAUUUUCUUUUGAUUGGUGUGGGUAAUAUAAAAAGAUGGUUUUUAAAGGUAGCUAAUUAAGAUAAGUUGGGAAAAUUGAGUGGUUGUAACUUUAUCCAACACCCAAAAUUUGUCUAUGUUUUAUGGGUUGAAUACUCAAGAAAAUAUUGGAAUAAUGGGACAAGUCAUAUGUAGAGCCCUUAAACAAAUCGAGGAGCUAACUAAUAAGGUCGACUUGACUCUCUAU